AUGUCACAGCGACCCGCCUCUGCACGUGGACGCCUAACCAGAGAGCCCAAAGAGGCUUCUUUGGUUCAUGGCUGCAGCGCACCACCUCCGGAUGCAGGCAUUGGUGCAGGUCCGGGUCACUUCCGGCACUUUGUGGCCUCCGUCUCGGCCAAGCACCAGUUGAAGGCUCCAAAGAUCCACUACGGCAAAGAGGAGAGGAUUCUCAGGAAGCAGAGCAGGGGCCGCGAAGGCGGAGCCAUUCGAACGUUGGACAUCAGCCGAGUGAACCAAGAGCGCCACAAGUGGCAACGCAUCGACACGUUUCAGACGCCUUAUGGGAAUGGGCAGGCUUCCUAUGACGGCUCAUCCCAGAGAAUGGGAACAGCUUCGCGAGAACGCAUGGGAUCACAGACUCAGGUCUUAGCAGGGCUUGGUCUGGAAAUGGAGCAGCUACGCCUCGACCUGAAAACGACCCUGGCUGAAAACAAAGAGGAAUUGUGUGUGAUGAUUGCGGACGCUGUGAACCAAAUCAUCUCCGAGCUGCGCUCUGAUGUCCGAACGGAAGUGGGCGGCUUGCGCCAGCAGAUUCACCUCAUUGAAGAGGGCCGAAGAGAUUGGCGUGCCAAUUCCGAGCCAGUCACCAUCCAACAGGAGAUAGAGCGGCGGUCCUCAGUAUCAGAGGAGCUGCAGGGCAUCCAGGAGUUGCGCUCACUCAAGGAGUCGAUUGAGACUUUGAUGAACGACCUCCGCAAUUCCUCAGCCUCAGCACCAUCAGCAGCACGGGCCCAGGGCGAACACCUCCAGGAAUUGCGUGCCAACCUUGAUGCGCAAUUGCAAUCAUUGCUUGAGCCCAUGCACCAGGUGAGAGACCAGGUCUGGUCUCGCCUCGAGCGCUUGGACCAGUGCCAAGCAAUUCAGAUGGACCAGGUUCAUGCUCGCCUAGACCACUUGGAUCACACUCAGUCUUCUCUGCUUGAGAAGAUGGAUCUCUCCACCGUGCGGCAGAUUACAGAUUUGCAGGCCAGCUCCCGGCUUCUUGAAGAGGCAGUGCGCGCCGUAGCAGAAGCUCAGCGUGAGCAGCAGCUGCAGCCACGGGUAGAGGCAACACAGCCAGUGGCCGAAGUGAUUCAACAGAUGGAGGAGAUGAAACGGCUGACAGUGGAGGGCUUCAACGAUCUGCGUGUCAAUGUCUCGGGGUGGAUCCAUGCCUCAAACAUUGCUACGCAAGAGCCACUGCGCGACGUCAGCGUGGAGCAAGGACAGAUCCGCAAUGCGUUGGAAGACAUCAAGGCGAGGCAGUCUGCGCUCACCUCGCCGGACCAGCUGAAAGACAUCAGGGAGCAACUUCAAGCGCUCUCAUCUGUGGACGUGUCUGGGCAGCUAACUUUGUUGAGGGACAUCAAGCUGCAGCAGGGUCAAGUGAUCUCAUGCCUUGACGCGCUGAAGAGUGCUACAGAUUUGUCAGGUGUCAUGAGCGCUUUGCAAAAGCUUCACGACGACCAAGCAGCUUUGCGGGAGUUGCAAUUGCGGCAUCAGACCGAACAGUCAUCAGCACUGGCAAGUUUGGAGCAAGUGAGGAAAGGACUCGCCUCAGUCUCUCAGGAGGUCGAAAUGAGCCGUGAGAUGGUGGUCAAGCGCGCCGACGUCACAGCUUUGUCGCAGACGAUGCAAAAUGCAUGGGAGUUGAUGACACAGACGAAGGCAGCCAUCAACAAGGUGGACUUCAGCCCACUGCACAGUGAUGUGCAACGUGUCCUGGAGGAGUUGCGCGAGACACGCGCCGAAGUGCCCAAGACUGUCCGGAAUCUUGAGGUGGACUUCACACCCAUCAUGCGUGCAUUGCAAGACCGAAAGCGUGUUGAUGAGGAAUUUGGAGAGAAGCUUGUGGAGGAGAUGCACCGAUUGCGUCGCGACUGUGACUUUACACAUGUCACGCAAAACCUGGAGCAGGUGGAGCCGGCGCUUCGUGCACUGCGUCAGGCAGUGCGUGAGAACCGGGUCAACUGCGAAGAUUUGGUGCCGCUGACGGAGGAGGUGCAAAGGCUCCAUAGCAAUUUCAGCGACUUCAGACAGACUAGGGUGAGGGAGUUCUGUCAGCUACAAGAAGAAUUGGCAACCGUUAAGACCUUUGUCAUGUGGGAGCCAAAGGAAGUGGAUUUGUCGCCCCUCCAAGCCAUCAAGGAGCGACAAGAGCCGCUUCAUGUAGAGGUCAUGCAGGAAGUGAAGGGUGUGAAAGAGAUGCUCCACGGGCAGCAAGAUGGGCUGCAGGACAAGGUCCGGGCAGAAGAGCUCCAGGGAGUUGUUCAAGACCUGCGCUUGGUGACGACAAAUUUGGUGGAUUCCAUUCGACACGAGGUGAUGAAGGUGGACCUUGCGCCUUUGAUGAGCGAGAUCAAAGACAUUCGCUCGAAGGUGGAAGUGUCCAGCUCCCUGAAGCGACAGAAUGAGAACAUGACCAAAAGCGACUUUGCCACAGCACUGGAGGAAUUGCGAGGCCACUUCUCCUUGCUGUUAACAUCCUUUCGGGAGGUUUGCGAUCAUUCGUCUGGUGUCUCGGCGUCUGCUGUGAACAAUCUAUUGCAAAACCUCCUGGAACAACGGCAACGGGAGAAUGAGACCACUGCAGAGGACCUUGACUUCUUACGUCGCAAGCUAAGAGACACCCAGUCGGUGAUCGGCCAGGUGGGCAGCCGCCAUGACGAGCUGAGAGGAAGAGUGGCAACUGGAAGGCCACCAGAGCGUCCAGUUGAGCCACAGGUGCAAGCGGUGCAAGCGGUGCAAGAGCCAGUGACUCGAAUGGAGCAACGGCCCCCUUUUGAGCCUGUUACUCAGGCGCCGUUCUGA